AUGCGUCCAUACCUUCCCACUACGACUCCUUCUGUCACUUCGUCGAUGAUGAACAACCACAACAACCACAACAACAACAACAACAACAACCUUGGUGUUCCUCCAAUUCCGCCUCGUCCGCAGCCAAGUACUUUGACAGCAGCCUCAGCCUCUUCUUCUUCCUCCUCCUCCAACAACAUGACCAUCAACAACUCAUCUCAGCAACAACCUCCCAAGGUCAUCAUUGUUCAACCUCUUUCUCUUGCUCCAAUCUCUGCCAAUGUACGAUCAACAUCGACCACGAUCACGAAUUUUAGUAAUAGGACAGUUGCAGGAGGAAAUGUCUCACCACACUCUCCCACGAUUACUAAUCAUUCUCAACAGAAUCAUUCGAAUCAUUAUCAGAACAACAACAACCACGGAGAGCAAGUAGUACUACCACCACCACAACUACCAACUUCUCCUUUGAGUCCAAAGAUUUACACCACCACCCCAACAACAACAACAACGAUGAACUCGAGCACAGCAGGAACAACAACAACAACAACCUUGAAGCCUUCCUCUGCUGCUAUUGUCUCUAACAACGGUAGCACCUUGUCGUAUCCUUCUCCUCAUCAUCAUCAACAUUCUCAACAUUCUCAUAGUCAUCAUCAAAACAUUCUCAACCAUAACAACAACAACAACAACAACAAUUUGAACACUCAUCAGAACUUGUUCACUCAUUAUGUUCAAGAGGAAACAAUCAAUGUUCCACUCUCUCAAGAACAAAUAGCUGUCUAUCAAAAACAACUCUCUGAUGUCAUCCACAAAUUGAAACAAACUCAUACCGAUGGCAAAGAAAAGGCCAAAGCACUCGAACAAGUCAUUUAUUUAUCAUGUACACUAAAAUCAGACUUUACAAUGACACUCUUUGGCAUCUAUAAUGCUGACAAGUCACUAUGGGAAUAUUCUCCAGUUUUGGAUUUAUUUAUUAAAUGUUUGAGAUAUUUACUUUUGCACAGAAGUUCAUACAUUCGAUCGUUGACUGUCCGAUGUAUGAGAUAUAUCAUUCAGAAUGAUCCUGUGAAUUUUCCAUUUGAAGUAUUGUGGUACAAAUACAAUUGUCACUUGCUGAUCUUUAAAAUGAUGUUGAAUGACACGGAUCGAGAAAAAAUUCAAGUGUUGGAAUUGGUGAGAACUCUAUGCAGUAAUAUUGUAAAGAGAAAGAAUGCAGCUGCUGUGAAUGGUUCAUCAUCUAUUGUAUUAAUACAAUCCAAACAACAACAACAAUAUGGUCUAUAUUUUGCUCCUCCAACAAGGAAAAUUGAAAUUCCAUUUCUCUUCAUGAAAGGAAUUGUUCACUUUUUAAGUUAUAUUGAUGGAACAUUAUUACAAAUGCAAACACAAAUGGAUCAACAAUCCUCUAACACUGCAUCACAAAGAGGAAAUCCUCCUCCACCAAAUGCGACAACUUCUGCUGCAACUGGCAGUAAUACCAACACUGCCACAACAAACAAUUUGAGUAGCAGUGCCAAUGAUCAAAAGAAACAAUACUUUUUAGAAUCCUACAAAUCUGUUUGUAUAGAAAUACUGAGAGAUAGUUUGGUUUAUGAUGAAUCACUUUGUGAUACUGUCAUCAAGUGUGGAGGAUUUAAAUAUCUUGUAGAGCUAUUAUUGAACAACAAAUUCUCUCAGUAUCAUUCAAGUAUUCUUUCUAGCAUUCUCUAUAUUUGUGACAAGUUUAGAACAAGAAAGUUUAUGAAGAAGGGAUUACUUGAUCUUUUAUAUUUAAUUUCUCCUUUCACCAAUUAUAGUCAACUUCAUCAACAAUAUACUAUUGCAGCUAAUAAUGCAGCCAUGUUAAAUCCAAGUGCUGCACAACAAGCACAAGAUGACUUGAAUCAACUGGUUGUGGAACUUGAAAGAAGCAAAUCUAUUAUUUUGUACUUUAUGAGAUCAUGGACUGGAUUAUUUAUUGUGAAUCAAACCAAAGUGAAUAUUCUUGGAACGAUUGCCAAUUUACUCAAAGUUCCAAAUAGAACUCAAUUGAAACAUUUGAUCUUGGAUUUAUACAUUGAAAUACUCAAACAAAGUGUUCCAAGCAAAUAUCAUCAUCUCAUACCACCCAUCUUCAAUGAGUGCUCAUCUCUCUAUAGGGAUCGAUCUCAAUCUCUCAAAAAGAAGAAUCCAACCAACAAUUCCACCUUGAAUUUACCUCCAAACAACAAUAACAAUAAUCCGACGACGACCAACCAACUCACGACAAGUUCUGGAGUGAUCAACAAUGGAACUCAUGUUGUAGUACCUGGUGGUGGUGGUGGUGCUGGUACUGGUGGUCAAUAUGGCGUUGGUGUUGGUACAAGUGGUGGUGGUGGUGGUGCUGGUGGUACUAUCAAUGGUGGUGGUGUUGGUGGUGGUACAAAUUUGAGUGCAUCUUCCACGACAGUUCUAGUCGGAGGUAAUCAACCACCAUCAUCAUCGGCUGGUUUUUACACGAGUUUCACCAAUGAUGUUACUUUCUAUGCCGAUCACAGUGCUGAUGAAGAUCGAGUUGUAAAUAUCUGUUUUGUAUUCUUGUCCAUGACCAUUUUGACCUUGAUCGAUAGUGGAUUGAUUGAAUCUCUUUUAUAUCUAUCCAAGCAAUCAAUGAUUAAUGGAAAAACUAAAACACAAGAGGAUCCAUCUGCUCUAAAAGAUAAAUUGAAUAUUGGAAAUGAUGAUGAAGAGGAUAAGGGAGAACGUGCCUUUAUUAGCUUUAGAGCGAGUCAACUCUUACAAAGUGUCUUGUUAUUUAGUGACAUGUUGUUGAAUAAGAAAACAUGUCUAGUCAUGCAAGAUCGAUUUGACACUGAAAUUGCAAACUUUUUACUUGGCAUUAGUAAGAAUAAUCUCUACAGUUACAAAACUCUUUCAAUGCUCUCUGCUUUCUAUCAACAAUCCUUCAAUAGUUAUAAUGUGGGAGGUAAUUCUUCAUCAAUGAUGGACCAUACCAUGAUUCAAGCUCCCAGUCACUUGAGUGUAGUUUCAAGUGAUUCGAACAGCAGUAGUGAUGAUCGAUUUUCCAAAUUCAGUACCAAUAAUAUUCCUUCUUUCUAUAUUAGGACACAGAUUGACAGUGACAUGGACGAUCAAACCUUUGAGAAACUCAUUCGUGAGAGCAAUGUACUUGUAACAAAGGAUUCAAAACGAUGGAAUUGGGAAAAAAUUUAUUGUUUAAUAUUUGGUCCUUUAAGAGUGGCUCAUCGAUUGAAAGAAGUGAUCACCAAACAAGAAAAACUUUUAAAAAGAAUUCUCAGCUAUUUCAAACCCUAUAAGAAAGCAUUUAGUGAAUUGAAAUAUCAAGAAGCAAAUCUCGGAUAUACCAAAUUGUGCAAUGAAUUAUUGUACAAUUUAUUGCAUAUGGAUGACAGUGGUAUUCAACUGAUCAGAAGUUGUAAUAUUAUCAAACAAUUUUAUGAAGUGUUGGAAAUUGAAGUUCGAGUGGCUAAAAUGUUUCCACAAAAAGCGACAACUUCUAAAACUGAUCAAAAAUUGAUUGAUUCUGAUAAGAGAAUAUUAAGUGAAGAUCGAGUUCAAAAGUACAUGGUACGAGACUACUUUGCAAUUAUUGGAUUAAUGAGUAGUACCAUAAAAGGAAAAGAACUUCUCGAAGAAGAGAGAAUCUUUGAUGUACUCAAAGAUUUAACCACAAAGAGAGAUGACAUCAGUCAAUUAAUCAUCAAAAGUUUAGACUAUACUCGCCCAUUCAGUGAUCGAGCAAGAGAAAUUUUGAAAGAAGCCAUGAUGAAUGGUUCCAAUACGAUUCGAUAUAUUAGUACAUUAUAUAUUAGAAAUUUAAUACGACAACAACAAUCGUAUCCCAAUAAUUUUCAUGCUUGGGGUGUUCCUUUAUUGACGAGCAAAUUGUACGAUGAUUGGGAAAAGGUGCGAUUCUCCGCCAUUAGUAUUCUUUCGGAAGUGUGUUGCACCAAUUUUGGAGGUUCCUCCUCUUCGGAUUUGUCUGAUUUUGAGAGUGCCACCGAAGAUGCAUUGAUGGUAUCUCCUCGAUCUGCUAAUUCUUUCAUUCAAAUGUCCUCUUCCAAUACAACAUCCAAUGAAAAUCUUAGAUCUUUUGUUUCACAGAAUAUUUCGAGAGAGGUGAUUGCUGAAGUGAUGCGAGAUGGUCGAGAUGGAAUGAAUCUCUUACUGAAAAUGACAAGUUGUAGAGAAGGUAUUGAUUAUCUAAGUAGUGAUCAUAUCAAAUUAUUACAGGAACUUGUAGAAGAAUGGUUUGAAAGAGAAUCUCAUCAAUAUUUACUUCAAGUCGAGUAUGGACUCAAUCGAUUCUAUCAAAUGAAUGCUCUUUCCAUUCAUUCUGCAUUUCCUCCAACCAUUGCAUCUUCAUUGAUGAUUGGUUCUCUUUCUCCUUCGAGUCAUCAUCACAUUGCUCUUUCAACAUCCACUCCAACAGGAAAAGGAGCUCAAAAUAUGAGUGGAUCCUAUGAUUAUGCCAAACAUGGAGUUAUUUUACAAAGUAACUUGUAUGGUGAAUUGUGUCAUACAUUGGAAGGGUGUACAAUUUUAACCAAUGAUAAGAAUAGAACUCUUCACUCAUUGUGUCAGAAUUUGUUGAAUGUUUAUCAGAAAGUAUUAGUUGCAACAAGUGGUGGCAAUAGCUCUCAAUCGAACUCGUAUACGAAUCUUUCUCAAGAUUUUAAUGAUUCCUCUUCUGAUUAUUGUGGACAAAUUAACAAUCAACAAUUGGUGCAUUUGUGGUCUCUUGCUUUCUGUUGCAGUACCAAUACUGGUUAUGAAUAUUGCAAUCGAUAUAUUCAACAAGUCAUUAUUGGAUAUGAAAAGAGUCAUCUUCAACAAGAGAGUAGUAGUGAUCAACAUGUCGAUUCAACAGAUGCAACUGAUGGAUGGAAUCAAUCUCCCACAAAUAGUAACAACAACAACAACACUAUCGGAAGUGAACAAUAUACUGUUGCUCAAUAUUUUGUGUUCAUUGCACAACAAAGUAAGGACAUCUCAUUAAGAGGUACCAUGUUGUAUUUACUUGGAAUUCUAUCCAAAUGCAGUCUAGCACGAAGAGAUUUAUUAGAAAUUGGAUAUGAAUGUUCUUAUCGAUAUGCCAUUUCUGUUCCCAAAGAUAGAAAACAAUUUUUCAACCUUACAGAUGAACGUGAUUCAAAAGUUGAAGAUUCACAACAAGAUUACAAUAAUGAAGAUGUAUUGUUAGAAUCUAUUUUGAAGGAAUCACAAAAUCAGGAUAUUAUUAAGGAAUUAGUAUCCAAUGUAACCAAAAUUGCCAAUCCUGUUCAUGAACAACAGUCUUCAAUUAAUUUACAAAAUUCAAAAACCAAAGUAGCCAAAAUUCUAACCAACAAUGAGAAAUCAAAACUUAUUUAUUAUUUAUUAGGACAUCAUUUCACCUAUUACAAAUACAAGUGGAAAAUAAUUAAGUUUGUCAUUAAUGACCUUUUGGGAGGAAAUAGUAGCAUGUUAUGCUCUUCCAUUGCGACCUCAAACUAUGAAACAAAUUCCAACAUGAUCAAUUCUGCUGUUGAAGAUGAAUUGUUUGUCAUGAACACUCAUUUACUUUGGCUUGAUGCAGAGACAAAUGCAAUUAACAACAGAAUCGAGGAAAGAGAACGAAAAGAGUCUUCUUCCAAACCAACCAGCACCAAGGAAAACAACAAGACUGUCAAAAUUUCUUCCACAACCAAGUGA